GGAGUGUCGGAGAAGCUGUGAAUCCAGAUGCAUCAGGCCCGAUGCACGCACCUCGAGCAUGUCCUGAUCCUGCUCGUUAGGCUGCGCUUGUCGGGCUGUGCUGCCUCGCUCUCGGACCCGCUGCGCCACCGUGCUCGCAACGCGGGUCAGCGCUCAACUCGGGGGUCAAUGGUGAGUCUGCGUACCUUUUGGCGAGCUGACUUGCCCUCGGGCUGGUUUCCAGCACCGAGUACCGGGUCCCUGCCGCUCUCGGGACUCUCGCCGCUCUCGGGCUCUCGCUCUCGGUCUCUCGGCUGCUCGCUCGCUCCGUGUGACUCGGUGUUGCCCUUGUGCAACCAAGGUGUUGUUGCUGCCAAUCUCGCCUUUGCUUGCUUCGGCAGUUGCUGACAGUACCAACAGGUUCAAGAGCUAAUAGAGACAUCGAGACGAAGCGGAGGCAUCCAGAGCAAGCGGAGACGUAGGGAGGAAGCAUAGAUAGAAGCAAGAGGUAGAGGAUAAAGCUGUAGAGUUAGAAGAUGAAGCCAGGAG